AAAUGCCUUGAGAUUGAUUGAAAGAAACCUUGUGGACGAUAUCAAAUUCAACUUGAUCGAUCGUAUUCAGAGCGGACUAGUAUCUAUGAAGUACAUCUUAGCCUCACAGACUAAUAAACUUUAUGAAUUACUUCCAAUCAUUGACGAUUUUGACUUCCGACUAGCUGCAGAGUCAAUUAUAGAGAAGCUUAGCUCCAAAUACCAAUAUAACUCACCACAGGAAUUUCACAUUGCAAACGGAUUUAAUGCCAAGCUACCAGAUAUAGGAUUUGUAAGUUGCAAAGUAUCAAAACAGAUACAGAAGGAACAGUCAUCAGAGCCUCAUUCUGAACAGACAGAAGAACAACGUAAUAAUAAUAACGUCAGUUACCAAGACAACCAGUUCAAGUUUUUAAGCAACACUUACGUGAACACAAAAGAUUUGUCAGAGAAACCGAACGAGUGCUUUGUCGAAAUAACCAAAGGGAUGAUCGUCAAGUUGAAGAUUGCCACAAACGAAUCCAAAGUUGCUUUUGGUUGGUAUAAGUCAAAUCCAUGGAAUCAGAAGAGAUGGUGAUUCUUUUGCAAAUCCACUACAACAUAAGGAGGACAUAAACAUUGAUGAGAUGAUGAUUUGUCCAA